AAAAAAAAAAAGAGUAAAUGUCAAGUGUUAUCAUGUGUGGCAAACUACUUUCCAGAAUGAUAUAUGGUACGGUUUUAAUUAACCAAUUUUUAUCUCUUAUAUUGAAUUUUUGCCCACAUUUUUAAUCUUGUUUUUUUUUGUUUAAUUGAAUGUUUCUCUUCGUUCCUCAAAGAUCCCAACUUUGCUGCUGUCUUCUUGGCUCGAAAGCUUCAAUCUUUUCGUUCCAUUUUCUGUUUUCCACUGUUCGGCCAUUAUUGGUCACUACAGUGUUUAGACUCCAUGCAGUCUGAAGUUUGAGUCUUUUCUGUGUUCUUGGUCUCUUGUAUGCAAGAUUUGAGAUGGGUAUUUGAAGAAAGCUUCAAAUGAAGAAAAAUGCAACUCUAUAGAUCUAUUGCCAUGAGAAACAACCACAUAAAGCAGCUUGUCUUAGUUUUAGCAGUUCUGCUAUAUCUUGCUGCUGUGGUUUAUAGUGACACAGAUCCCAAUGACUUAGCUAUUCUCAAAGCAUUCAGAGAUGGACUGGAGAAUCCAGAGUUAUUGGAGUGGCCAGCUAGUGGCGAUGAGGAUCCGUGUGGCCAAUCUUGGAAGCAUGUUCAUUGUGUUGAUUCAAGGGUCACUCAGAUUCAGGUUGAAAAUAUGAGGUUGAAGGGUCCUUUGCCUGAAAAUCUAAACCAGCUUACCAUGCUUGUAAACUUGGGCCUCCAGAGGAAUCAAUUUACUGGUCCUUUACCAUCCUUUAGUGGGUUGUCUAAUCUACAGUUUGCUUAUUUGGAUUAUAAUCAGUUUGAUUCUAUCCCUUCUGAUUUUUUUACUGGUUUAGUGAAUUUGCAAGUCUUGGCAUUGGAUGGUAACCCUUUUAAUGCCACUACUGGGUGGACAUUCUCUAAGGAUUUGCAAGAUUCUUCGCAAUUGACCAAUCUCUCUUGUAUGUCCUGUAAUUUGGUCGGUCCAUUACCUGAUUUUCUAGGGAGUUUGGUAUCUCUGCAAAACUUGAAACUUUCAGGCAAUAAUUUAUCUGGUGAAAUCCCACCUAGCUUUAAGGGAGGCAUGUCUUUACAGAAUCUAUGGCUAAAUAAUCAGAAAGGCGGUGGCUUGAGUGGUACUAUUGAUCUGGUGGCAACAAUGGAGUCAGUAACUGUUCUAUGGCUUCAUGGGAACCAGUUUACAGGUAAAAUUCCAGAGAGCAUUGGUAGAUUGACUCAGUUAAAGGAUCUCAAUCUUAAUGGUAAUAAGCUUGUUGGAUUAGUUCCUGAUAGCUUGGCAAAUUUGCCUUUAGAGCAUUUAGAUUUGAACAAUAAUCAGUUAAUGGGUCCAAUUCCAAAAUUUAAAGCAACUAAAGUGUCUUGUACUUCAAAUCCCUUUUGUCAAUCCACUGCAGGGGUUUCUUGUGCCCCAGAAGUUAUGGCACUUUUAGAAUUUCUUGAUGGGUUGAGUUAUCCUCCAAGACUUGUUUCUUCCUGGACUAGUAAUGACCCAUGUUCAUCAUGGAUGGGUGUCGAAUGCGUUUCCAAUAAGGUUUAUUCCAUUGCUUUGCCUAAUCAGAAUCUUAGUGGCACCUUGAGUCCUUCAGUUGCAAAUUUAGGUUCACUUCAUCAAAUUAAACUUGGGGGUAACAAUCUUAGUGGUCAAGUUCCAACAAAUUGGACUAACUUGGCAUCUUUGGAAACUUUAGAUCUCAGUAAUAACAAUAUUCUCCCUCCAUUUCCAAAAUUUUCUAGCACUGUGAAUGUUGUCAUUGCUGGGAAUCCUAUGUUAAAUGGUGGUCAAACAGCCCCAUCUCCUGAUAAGUAUCCACCAUCUGGAAGUAGAGAUUCGCCCUCGUCACAAGCCAAAGGUACACAGUCUUCUCCUGCUGGUUCUUCUGCGGAAUCAAUUACACAGAAAAGCCCCAAGAGGUCUACUUUAGUUGCAGUUAUAGCACCUCUUGCAAGUGUUGCUGUUGUUGCUAUUUUGAUAAUUCCUUUAUCCAUUUACUUCUGUAAGAAGAGGAGAGACACCAUCCAGGCUCCAAGUUCUCUAGUCAUUCACCCGAGGGAUCCAUCUGAUUCUAAUAACGUUAAAAUUGUUGUUGCCCAUCAUACCAAUGGAAGCACGUCUACAAGAACAGGAAGUGAUUCUGCAAGCAUAAACAGUAGUGGUAUUGGUGAGUCUCAUGUAAUUGAAGCAGGAAGUCUGGUCAUAUCAGUUCAAGUUCUUCGAAAUGUGACAAAAAAUUUUGCCCCAGACAAUGAGCUCGGCCGUGGUGGCUUUGGAGUGGUUUAUAAAGGAGAAUUGGAUGAUGGAACAAAAAUAGCAGUAAAAAGAAUGGAGUCUGGUGUGAUUAGCAGCAAAGCCUUGGAUGAAUUCCAGGCUGAGAUUGCUGUUCUUUCAAAGGUCCGGCAUCGUCAUUUAGUAUCACUUUUGGGUUAUUCAAUUGAAGGGAAUGAGAGGAUUCUUGUUUAUGAAUAUAUGCCUCAAGGAGCUCUCAGUAAGCAUCUUUUCCACUGGAAGAGCUUCGAAUUGGAGCCUCUUUCAUGGAAACGGAGGCUAAACAUUGCCUUGGAUGUUGCUAGAGGAAUGGAAUAUCUUCAUAAUCUAGCUCAUAGAAGCUUCAUACACAGAGAUCUUAAAUCAUCAAACAUCUUGCUUGGUGAUGAUUUCAGGGCAAAAGUUUCAGAUUUCGGAUUGGUGAAACUUGCUCCGGAUGGAGACAAAUCUGUGGUUACCAGGCUUGCUGGGACUUUUGGAUACUUGGCGCCAGAAUAUGCUGUGACAGGGAAAAUCACAACCAAGGCUGAUGUCUUCAGUUUUGGGGUUGUGUUAAUGGAACUAUUAACCGGGUUGGUGGCACUUGAUGAAGACAGGCCAGAGGAAACUCAAUACUUGGCUGCAUGGUUCUGGCAUAUCAGUUCAGAUAAGCAGAAACUCAGGGCUGCUAUUGACCCUGCACUUGAUGUGAAAGAUGAAACAUUUGAGAGUAUUUCCAUCAUUGCUGAACUGGCUGGACAUUGCACAGCAAGAGAGCCUAACCAAAGGCCGGAUAUGAGCCAUGCUGUGAAUGUACUAGCCCCUCUAGUCGAAAAAUGGAAACCUUCGGGUGAUGAUACGGAAGAAUAUUGUGGCAUUGAUUAUAGCCUUCCCCUUAACCAGAUGGUGAAGGGCUGGCAAGAAGCAGAAGGAAAAGACUUCAGUUAUGUGGACUUAGAAGACAGCAAGGGUAGCAUCCCAGCAAGGCCAACGGGCUUUGCAGAGUCUUUCACUUCUGCAGAUGGUCGAUAAAAGAGGUUCUUCAUUCCCUUUAUUCAAGAGGUGUUCUUUUCAUAGGUGUAGAUAUGUUGUGUUUUUUUUCUUUUUUUCUUUUUUCUUUUUUAAAAUUCAAUGUCAAUAUGCUGUACCUGUCAAUGAUUUUUGUGAUGGACUCUGCAUUCCAUAUUUCUAAAAGGUCUCAUGUAGGCUGUGAAGUUUUGUUUGAUGUGCUGUUGGUGUUGUAGAUAUAGGAAAUUAUGAAUGCAAACUUGUUGCCAAUUAUUUUUUGAUUCCUA